AUGGACCAGCCGCUCAACAGCCGACCCAUCAUCGGGGUGUUGGCAGAUGAAGCCAGUAAAGAGAGUCAGGCUACAAGGGGCUAUUCCUACAUCCCUGCUUGCUAUGUGAAAUUCCUGGAGGCAGCCGGGGCCAGAGUCGUACCUGUCAGAUUAAAUCUCUCAGAAGAAGAAUAUACUAAGAUAUUCAACUCAAUAAACGGGUUUGUGCUGCCGGGAGGAAAUUCCAAUCUGCUGGAGUCGCCCUACAGUCGAGCCGCUGGUAUAAUGUUCAACUUGGCUCUGAGGGCCAACGAUGCCUCGGACUACUUCCCCGUCUGGGGAACUUGUCUGGGCUUCGAGCAGCUGACUGUCUUAACAGCGAAGAAGCACCUGCUCACGCUCACUGACACCCACGCUGUGGCUCUGCCGCUCAACUUCACACAAAGGGUGUUGGCAGAUGAAGCCAGUAAAGAGAGUCAGGCUACAAGGGGCUAUUCCUACAUCCCUGCUUGCUAUGUGAAAUACCUGGAGGCAGCCGGGGCCAGAGUCGUACCGGUCAGAUUAAAUCUCUCAGAAGAAGAAUAUACUAAGAUAUUCAACUCAAUAAACGGGUUUGUGCUGCCGGGAGGAUCUUCCGAUCUGCUGGACUCACCCUACAGUCGAGCCGCCGGUAUAAUGUUCAACUUGGCUCUGAGGGCCAACGAUGCCUCAGACUACUUCCCCAUCUUGGGAUCUUGUCUUGGCUUCGAGAUGCUGACUGUCUUAACAGCGAAGGAACACCUGCUCUCGCUCACUGACACCAUGGCUGUGGCUCUGCCGCUCGACCUCACACCAAUGGCCCGUUCCAGCCGUCUGUUUCAGAGUUUCCCCAAAGAUGUGGUGAGGUCUCUGACCGAGGAAAACAUCUGCCCCCACUUCCACAAGUGGAGUCUGUCCGCCGAGAGCUUCAACGGGAAUUCCAGGCUACAGGAGUUUUACAAGGUCCUGUCGACGAACCACGAUGGGAAGCUAGAAUUCAUCUCCACUAUCGAAGCCUACCAGUAUCCAAUUUAUGGAUUACAGUGGCAUCCGGAGAAAACCCCCUUCGAGUGGAUCGACAAACCGGGGAUGAUUCACUCCACCGCUGCAAUAAGAGUCUCCUUCUACUCUGGCAGCUUCUUCGUCUCUGAAGCCAGGAAGAGCACCCAUCGUUUCCCGAGUCAGGAGGAGGAAGAGAGAGCGCUCAUCUACAACUACUCUCCCAUCUUCACUGGCAAUGGGUCCAUCUUCAUGCAGAUCUAUUACUUUGAUUGAUGCUGAACCCGUCACUGGAGGGAAAUCUCAAACCUGAUGGAGUCAGUGACAUUGAAACCUCCAAUGUAACAGCAACAAUUAGCAACUUUAGCUGAUUUGCUCAGUAUUAUGUGAAUGCUGUGAAAAAUAAAAGAAGAAGAAAGUGAAAUAAAAGGAUUCUGAGACAAAGAAGGAAAGAAGUUUGAAAAUCAGGUAAUGAAAAACUCAAAGAGCAGACGAAGACAAACCCCAAAAACCCAAAUACACAAAACUCAAACAAAAAGGAA